AUGAUAAAAGAAUCUACAGAGAUCACAAAAUUUUACCCUAAUAAUGAAAAGUUAUUUAAAACAAAAUUAAUAGAUUCAAAGAUAAAAAUCAUCCCAUCUAGAGAUGAGGUGAUUUUACUAAGUAAUAAGUAUAUAUUUGGUUAUUAUAAUGAUGGACAAUUUUGCGCAAUUAUCAAUAAAUCAUAUCAAUAUGGUUUUUAUAACAGGGGACAAUUUAUACCAUUUGAUAGUUCUUUGAUUGAUAAAAAAAAUGAAACCACCAGUGUUUUUGGAUAUUUAUAUAAAGGCGUAUUUUAUGUUCAAGAAACUCCUCUAGAAUAUACGUAUCCUAAAAAAUAUCAAUUUGGUUAUGUUAAUGAUGAAUUCUUUAUUUCUCUACAACAAUUUCAAGAUAAUCAAUAUGACAUAACCCAAAAUUUACCAAAUAGAAAUUAUCCUAAAAGUAAAAUACCUAUUUUCAACAACAAUACUGAACAAACAAUUGAUCCUGUUAAAUAUUUAAUGUGA